GAGGGUUUGGGAGUUGGUGCAACAGAUUCAACAAGCUCACAGGUUCGUGAACACAUCGGAUGCAUCGAACAGUGUGGCAAAGUCCAGCCACGCUUCCUUAAUUAUCGGAGACUUCAAUUCUAAGGUUGGCUGUGUCAUUGCUGUUUGUGUGUCUUACAUGUUCACAACGUUUUACCUCAUGAGCAUUUGCCUCACUCCGCUUGAUGUCCCACCAGUCCGGAUGCACCCCUGCUAGCUUUCGUCACCUACCCUCGGCCUCAAGUUAGUACUGAUGCCCUCAGCCUUCUGGCCACCUUUCGCUCAUUCCUGCAUGUCUUGAAGUUUUGCUCAGGAGAGUGUAGGAGUGGUUUAGGAGAUGGAAACCCAAAGUUGGACUUUUGCUGCGUCGCGUGGGUGUCGACAGCCGGUCGCGGCUUUUGAAUGCUUUCCGCCAAAUUCAAUUCCCCAAAGACCCAAGCACCAAGGGUUUUCAGCCCUGAAUGGAUGCAUUGGCAGCGGGCUGGUGUUAGGACUGACUAGCCUCACCAAGUUGAACAGCAUAGCAACAUCACGCCGACACUCCGGCAAUCAGUGUGUGCGUGGUUUACGCACAUGUCAUCACGGGCUGAAGGAGGAGUGUUCCACAGACAUGCUUCAUAGGCCUUUGGAGGGACUAUCUCGUUUGGCUCUUUUGUCUUGGUCAUUGAAUAUCUUCGAGGUAGCGAACAAGGACUUUUUCAAAGGAAGACUUGAAGCAGCCAACAUCACAAUAGAUGAAACCUGGCAUUCUCGUGGUGGUGCUGGUGGGGCGCAUGUGAGCACAAACCGUAUUGUCUUGGACCCGUCUGUUCACACAUGCUGCGGAGACCUUUGUGGAACUCUGCUUCACGAAAUGCUCCACCUCCAAGUAGGCGAGGAUGAUGGAGAAGAGCAUGGUCCUAGGUUCUUGAAGGCAUGCUUGGAGCUAAACAAUGACUUGCUCGCCUCUGGCACUGGGUUGUUUUGUCGCUUGGGUGAAUUUGAUACAGCGUUGGACCAGCGCUUGCUUCUUGAAGCCGGGGUACCUCAAGCCGUGUCCGCUGCCCUGCUCAAGGGCCUUCGAGAAUCUGGUGAAACGUGGGAUUCUGGCCUCCUUGCCAGUGAUCUUUUUACAUUGUACCACAACUCAGGCUCAACACAUAUCAUCAAGGAGGAUAUUUUGUACCUUGCAGCGAGACUGAGAUGCUUGUCCAUUGCAAACUCUUGCCAGAUAGCUCUGAAAACAGGCUACACAAGCUGGUCAUUGAAAAGCCGUACCAUCGCGCGGCACUUUGCGGUGGCCCAAGGCAGAGACUAUCAUUGCUACUCAGACUACAAUGCUCUCUGGUCUGUGUGACAACUGCAAACGCCUGGGUUAGCAGACUUGGCACCACCAUCCCUGUCACAACAAGGCUCACGAACGUGCAGAGGACAAGUUUGUGGCGGACGCGGAUACGUCACAUCCUUCACGCACAGAACCUGGCCUCUUGGGCAUUUCCAGGUGACUGAGCUGUGAGACAAAGUGAGGCCGCUCCGCUUGCGCGACUUUGCCUGACUUGUCUUGGCACUUGACUUGCAAGGCAGCCUUUGUAUUCAAUGUUUUGAUUCUGAAUCUCAGAAUAUCAUACUUGCUGCGGCAAUUGCAUACCUAUGUCGAUGAGAGAUUGAAAAGAUAUGCUUGCAGCUUGCAGCUUGCAGCUUUCUUGGUUUGCAGUAUCCGGACAUCGUGGAUGCGGGAACGUUUGGGGAAGGUAGGAGUUCAAAUCUGCUAACCAAACUGCACCUGCAGCUCUAUAGCUCGAAGCCAGUAAGAGAAGGGAAGAGCUCAAGAGCAAAAGCAAUGUCGCAGGUCCAAGCCCCACCUGGAUUGGAGGCAAGCUGCCGCCAAGCACUUUGUUCUGCUCAAGGCCACGACCUUGCCGAGGAUCUCAAAGCUGCAUUGAUCAAGCAGGUCACAGAGGCGUGCAAAGAGCACGUGAACCAAAAAACUCAAGAAGCGGUGGAGACUCUUUGGAAGCGGGGGCAGAAAGCAAUCCUGACUAUGCAGCAGCAGCAUUCUGAUACCACUGAGCAACUGAGGAGCCAGCUAGCAGCCUGCGCUGAGUCUCAUCGAAACCUUGAGCGUGAAACUGUUAUUUUGCGUGCCAAUCUGGAGGCAAUGAUGAAGCAUUUGACCAUUCUGUUCGGAGUUCCGCAUUGCGAACCCACCUUGGACCUAUGGCAAUUUGAAGAGAAGGAUGAGACAGAACAUGAGGAGUUUGAAGACCUGGAAGAGCCAGCUCGUGUGCCUGUUCCUGCUAACUGUGUGGAACAUGCUGAGGCUUCCAUUGCGGGCUCUGGAGGAACCGGCUCUGAAUCUGCUCCAUCGCCCACUGCAGCUGGACACACUCCACCUGAGGCCACUACAUUCUCGUUGAUGCUUCGAAGAGCGGACAAUGUCCCCGUUGGACUUCAUGUUCAAGGUGAUGACGGCCUUCUUGUGGAAAGGAUAUUGCCAGGAGGUGCAAUCGAAGCCUGGAACAAGCAAUGCCCUGGAGAAGUGCGAGAAAUCCGUGUUGGAGAUAGAAUCAUCAUGAUCAAUGGGCAGGAGGAGCUGGAAGCCAUGCGGCAUCAAUGCCUCACAAAGCUCCUUCUGAAGGUACAGCGAAUGGCAAUGUGAUACAUCUGCGGGGCUCUAUGUUUCACUCGCUGGCGCCUCGAGGGAUUGCACUGCUUAAACUUCUGGAAUUGUCUAGGUCUAGGCAAUUCAGCAAAACGCAAUGAAAUACAUGAUACAUGCGAAAGCCAGGUUCAGUGUUCUGGCACCGGUGGCCUGCUCGCCAGGUCUCCACUGAAAGUGGGAAAAGAAGCUUCUUUGACCAAAAUAGUGCAGUUGAAAUUAGUGUCAAGCCAGACAUUUCAAGCAACGA